AUGAAACUCCCAGGAUUUGCUGCUUCACUGAUGCAAAAGUUGCCACCUGUUCAGGUUAUUCUUUUUUCUGCUUUUAUUGGUUCAUUGUUAGCGAGUCCAAUCAUAAAGAGCAGACGGUCUUCCAAAGCUGAAAAAGCUAAAACACAAAACAAGAGCAACAAUAGUGUAAUGACAAUUGAAGAACUCAAUGAGAGAAUCAGAGAACAUGAAAGAAAGUAA